AUGAUAGAUCCUUUAGAGAACAACUUGUUUGAUCUUCCUGAUUAUGAGAAUACAGAAGAUGAAACAUUCCCACCUCUUCCACCACCUGCCUCUCCUGGAAGAGACGAUGUUGAAUGGGCUCAGGCUAAUGGAGAACCAGAUGGAAAACAGCAGUCACAGGCAAAGGAUUCUGCUGUAGCUCCACGGAAAGCAGUUAAAAGACCAAUGCCUAAACUAGAUGCCCAGAGGUUAGUUUCAGAAAGAGGACUUCCAGCCCUGAGGCACAUGUUUGACAACGUAAAGUUCAAGGGUAAAGGGCAUGAGGCAGAGGAUCUGAAGACACUCAUACGACACAUGGAACACUGGGCUCAUAGGCUGUUCCCAAAAUUGCAGUUUGAGGAUUUUAUUGACAGAGUGGAGUCCUUGGGAAACAAAAAGGAAGUUCAGACCUGCCUAAAGAGGAUUAGACUUGAUCUUCCUAUUGUACACGAAGACUUUGCAACAAAUGAAGAUGGUGGCGGGGGAAGCCAUGGCCCGGAUGCAGGCGCUGAAGAAGCCGGCUCUGGCUCUGGGGACACAGAGGAGCUCAGCUCCCUGCCCGGGGCAGCUCUCACCGAGGAGCAGCAGCAGAGGAUGAAGAGGAACAGGCAGCUGGCCUUGGAGAGGAGGCAGGCGAAGCUGCAGGGGAGCAGCCAGUCCCAACCCCACGAGCUCUCCACUAGUUACUCAGAAGAGGAGUUUAUUACCCCAGUUGCUCAGGAUCCUGCAGACCUUAUUGAAGACACUCAAGGUACCACAACCAAUGUUGCUGUUACAGAAGCUGAAAAUGGAGAUACAGAGUUGGAAUGUGCCAAUGAAAAGCAGUAA